CUCACGCUUGCCUUUGAAAACCUCGAUUUUCUUUAUCUUAUCUGCUUUCUUCACUUAACGCUUGUCACUUGCCAUGGCCACCACUUUCGCAGGUUCACUUUCCGAGUUUCCCAACUACGAUGUCACGAAUCAUAUCGGCACGCGCUUCUACGACUCCAAGGUUCAGCUCUCUGAACUCGUUCACUCUGAGAACGCGGACGGGUACAUCCUCGACCUCGCCAAGCUCGUCUCUGAGCGUGGAGUUGUCUACUUCACAAACCAGAACCUCGACAUCAAGGACCAGCUUGCGCUCGCGCAUCGCAUGGGCGUGCUCACUGGCAAGCCAGCCGACUCCAAGCUCCACAAGCACCCCAUCUCGGAGGAUACCCCUGAGCUGGGCGCCGAAGUGUCUGUCAUCUCGUCGAUGGGCGGCAUCGCCCGCGCCAGAAACCUGAAUGGCAGACGCGCCAGUAUAGGCUGGCACGCCGACAUAACCUUCGAGCGCGUGCCAUCGGACUACGCUAUCCUCAAGAUGCAUACUAUUCCCAAGGUCGGCGGUGACACUCUGUGGGCAUGUGGAUACGAGGCAUAUGAUCGCCUGUCUCCCGCCAUGAAAAAGUUCCUGGAGGGUAUGACCGCCGUGCACAAUGCUCAGUUCUUCGUCGACGCGGCACAACGCUCGGGCCACACAAUCACGGACAACCGUGGCUCUCCCGAGAACAACGGACGCGACCUGACAGCUGUCCACCCUGUCAUUCGCACGCACCCCGUGACGGGCUACAAGACGCUCUUCGUCAACAAGACGUUCACGAAGCGUAUCAUCGAGCUCACUCCUGAGGAAUCCGACACGCUGCUCGAUUACCUCUACCGCCACAUCUCGGAGAACCACGACCUUCAGGUGCGCUACCGCUGGGAGAAGAACGACAUCGCGAUCUGGGACAACCGCUGCACGUUCCACACGGCCACUAACGACUACGACGACAACCGCCAGGGACAGCGCGCUGUCGGUAUUGGCGAGAAGCCCUACUUCGACCCCGCGUCGAAGUCUCGUCGCGAUGUGCUGAACAUCACCUUCUGAGUUUUCACUCGUAGAGGCCCUGGCUGUCCCUUUCCACGACACAAUACUGCGGAGCACGUUUCAAACCUCAUGAACGUAACUUUAAAGGGAUCCGAUAGUCGAUCGACUAGCUUUGUAGGUUAUCGGUAUGCUCAAGCAUCAUUGUAGAUUUUGUUGUUUAUUGUAUAUCAACUUCAUUCCUCCCCUGCCUUCUGUGUUUAUGGCGGAACUUUAGC